AUGCCUGAGGCGACAGGGAACAAUCCUCCUAACCCUAUAGACUUUAUGGCGGCUCUAGGGAAUAUGGCCGCGGCGAUGCAAGCGACAGCCGAAGCCCUGGGAAACCAAAUAAAUAAUGGUAACAAUGGCAACAACGACGAAGAUGGCCCUAUGACGCUUUCCUCCUUCCUGAAGGUUCAUCCUCUGACCUUCAGAGGAACCUCGAAUCCUACUGAUGCAGAUAAUUGGAUACAAGCUAUUGAGCGAGCAUUACAGGCUCAGCAGGUUUCUGAAGAACAAUGCGUUGAGUUUGGGACUUACCAGCUGCAAGGUGAAGCUCAGCAUUGGUGGCAGGGCAUGAGGCUCAUUCUGCAGCCUGAUGGGGUUGUGAUCUCUUGGGAGUUGUUCCGAGAAGAAUUCUAUAAGAAAUACUUUUCCAGUUCAGCCAGAAAUGCUAAGGAACCUGAACUGCUUCAGCUGAAACAAGGCCAGAUGACCAUCACUGAGUACAGUAGCAGGUUUGAGGAACUGUGCCGUUUCUCACAGAUUUGUCAGGGAGCUCUUGAGGACUUUGCUGAGUGA